AUGCCUGAGGCAGCCCUGGAGCCUCUGCCAGCAGCCUGCGCCCCAGGUCGGGUGAAAUUGCGGGGGAACGCAGGCCAUCAUCCCAGAAGCGCAGGGGUCUCCCCGCUUUACCUGGGGCUGCCCGACAACGCGAACACCUUCAGGCACCUGAAGGGCAGAGCCCGCAGGAGAAGUUGCCCCGGGCCCUCCAGCAGCCUCCUGGGGGCGGGGGACCGGGGCCAGACGGAAGCUGCACCCCGUGGCCCCGCUGGAAGGCCAGCUGACUUCUCCCGUGGGCAGGAAGAGGCCGGCUCUUCCAAAGCCGCAUUUCAGAAAAAGGCAGGAGAGGCAGAAAGGUCUAAAGGCCAGGGACGGCAAAGGGCAUAA